GCGAAGAAGAAAUCCUGCCACUCUACUUCCUGGUUGCAUUUUUUUUUUAGCUUAAUCUGCGACUCAAGCUAAGGUUUCUUGGAUUUAUUUGUUUUAUUUUUCAUUUUUAUCGCGGUUUAAAAAAAUGCUGCGAGGUUUCGGGUCCUGGCUGGGGUUGGAGAACCCGGCUGAGGCGGAGAAGCAGGAGGAGGAAAAGGUGGUAGAAGCCCAAAAUGAGGUAAACAAACCGCAAUCAGCAGUUGGCCAACAAGACGAAGGAGACGAGCAGGACGAAAACAACAAAGGACUGGGCGACUACAUUUUCAGCUUUGCGUCCAGCGUGACCAGGAAGAUCACCGACUCGGUGGCGGAGACCUCACAGACCAUCAAAAAGAGCGUGGAAGAGGGAAAGAUUGACGGCAUCAUCGACAAGACCUUUUUAGGAGACUUCCAGAAGGAGCAGGAGAAGUUUGUCCAGGAGAACAAGGCCAAAAGAUCAGAGGCCGCAGUCCCUCCAUGGGUGGGCUACAACGAGGAGGAGACCAUCCAGCAGCAGAUCCUCGCUCUGUCGGCCGACAAGCGGAACUUCCUGCGCGACCCCCCGGCCGGCGUGCAGUUCCACUUCGACAUGGAGCACAUGUACCCGCUGGCCGCCGUCAUGCUGGAGGAAGACCAGCUCCUCAACCGCAUGCGCUUCGACCUGGUGCCCAAACUCGUGAAGGAGGACGUCUUCUGGAGGAACUACUUCUACCGCGUGUCUCUGGUCAAGCAGUCGGCGCAGCUGACGGCGCUGGCGGCACAACAGCAGAAGGAUGGCGAGGACAGAGGGCCCGCCGUCUCCCCUGACGACGUGGUCCUGAGAGACAACGUCAGGCCAAAAACUCCACCUGUGUCCAUCGGCGACAUGCAGAAGCCUUCUCACGAGGAAGACGAGGAGAUAUCCACCAGCCCCGGCGUCUCCGAGUUCGUGAGCGACGCGUUCGACUCGGCGGCCAUCGACCGCGAGGACCUGAGGAAGGAGAUGGAGCAGCUGGUGCUGGACAACAAGGACAGCCCCCCCGACGAGGAGCACGCCGACUGGGAGAAGGAGCUCCAGCAGGAGCUGCAGGAGUACGAAGUGAUGACGGAGGCGGACGGCAGAGACAACCAGUGGGACCUGGAGAUCGAGGAGAUGCUCCAGGCUGACGACCGCUAGACGUGAAUACCUUUUUUUUUUUUUUUUUUCUCUUCAAACAUUCGCCCACAUAAAAACUUCCAUGAAUGAGAUCUCCUGCAUCUUCAGGGGUUAUCGUACAUACAUGGAGACAAAAUACAUCAAAAUGAAACUAAUUUUACAUCCAGCUGUUACACCACAUCACGUCUAGUCAAAGCCUCUUCCUGCUGCACAAUGUUGAGUGAAUCGACAUGCAAGAUAUUAUUCACAGCUGCAGCACUUUUUUUGUUCUUCUUCCUGCAGAUAACGCCAUCAAAACACACUUUUUUUCUCAAUUUGUUUUUUCAAGCCCCCCCCUUGGGGACAAUUUUUUUUUCCACGUCCCCCCCUUGGGGACAUAAUUUUUUUUCACGCCCCCCCCCCCCUAAAUUUAAAUACAUUGGCUAACCUGAUAAUAUUUAUUUAUUCGCACAAACCACUCUGAGCAAGUCACCUAGCUGAAGACUUGUAUUCUUUUCUCAAGCACCCCCCUCACGGACAUCGUUUUGUGAGCAAACCACAGUUUGACACGGGCUUCUCUAAUAUUCAACAGAUUGUAUCCGAUAUCUUGGGUUAAAAGGUAAUGGAUAGACGACGGAUGGAUGGAUGAAUGAUUGAUAGAGGAAUGGAUGGAUGGGUGGAUGAUGAAUGAAUGAUGGGAAAUUAUAAGGAUAAAUGCAUUGAUUGAUGGAUGAUGGAUGAAUGGUUGAUAGAGUAAUUGGGUGGAUGAUGAAUGAAUGAUGGAUAAAUUAAUAUUGGUGGAUGAAGGAUAGAUGAUGGAUGGAUGGUUGAUAUAGGGAUGGGUGGAUGAAUGAAUGAUAAAAAUAGGUUAAUUGGUGGCUAAUGGAUAGACGACGGAUGGGUGGAUGGAUGGAUGGAUGAUUGAUAGAGGAAUAGGUGGAUGAUGAAUGAAUGAUGGGAAAUUAUAAGGAUAAAUGCAUUGAUUGAUGGAUGAUGGAUGAAUGAUUGAUAUAGGAAUGGAUGAGUGGAUGACUAAUGAAUAAUGGAUAAAUGGAUUAAUUGGUGGAUGAAGGAUAGACGAUGGACGAUGGAUGGAUGAUUGAUAGAGGGAUGGGCGGAUGAAUGAAUGAUAAAAAUAGGUUAAUUGGUGGCUAAUGGAUAGACGACGGAUGGGUGGAUGGAUGGAUGAUUGAUAGAGGAAUAGGUGAAUGAUGAAUGAAUGAUGGGAAAUUAUCAGGAUAAAUGCAUUGAUUGAUGGAUGAUGGAUGAAUGAUUGAUAGAGGAAUGGAUGGAUGGGUGGAUGAUGAAUGAAUGAUGGGAAAUUAUAAGGAUAAAUGCAUUGAUUGAUGGAUGAUGGAUGAAUGGUUGAUAGAGUAAUGGGUGGAUGAUGAAUGAAUGAUGGAUAAAUGAAUAUUGGUGGAUGAAGGAUAGAUGAUGGAUGGAUGGUUGAUAGAGGGAUGGGUGGAUGAAUGAAUGAUAAAAAAAUAGGUUAAUUGGUGGCUAAUGGAUAGACGACGGAUGGGUGGAUGGAUGGAUGAUUGAUAGAGGAAUAGGUGGAUGAUGAAUGAAUGAUGGGAAAUUAUAAGGAUAAAUGCAUCGAUUGAUGGAUGAUGGAUGAAUGAUUGAUAGAGGAAUGGAUGGAUGGGUGGAUGAUGAAUGAAUGAUGGGAAAUUAUAAGGAUAAAUGCAUUGAUUGAUGGAUGAAUGGUUGAUAGAGUAAUGGGUGGAUGAUGAAUGAAUGAUGGAUAAAUGAAUAUUGGUGGAUGAAGGAUAGAUGAUGGAUGGAUGGUUGAUAGAGGGAUGGGUGGAUGAAUGAAUGAUAAAAAUAGGUUAAUUGGUGGCUAAUGGAUAGACGACGGAUGGGUGGAUGGAUGGAUGAUUGAUAGAGGAAUAGGUGGAUGAUGAAUGAAUGAUGGGAAAUUAUAAGGAUAAAUGCAUUGAUUGAUGGAUGAUGGAUGAAUGAUUGAUAUAGGAAUGGAUGGGUGGAUGACGAAUGAAUGAUGGAUAAAUGGAUUAAUUGGUGGAUGAAGGAUAGACGAUGGACGAUGGAUGGAUGAUUGAUAGAGGGAUGGGCGGAUGAAUGAAUGAUAAAAAUAGGUUAAUUGGUGGCUAAUGGAUAGACGACGGAUGGGUGGGUGGGUGGAUGGAUGGAUGAUUGAUAGAGGAAUAGGUGGAUGAUGAAUGAAUGAUGGGAAAUUAUCAGGAUAAAUGCAUUGAUUGAUGGAUGAUGAUGAAUGAUUGAUAGAGGAAUGGAUGAUGGGAAAUUAUAAGGAUAAAUGCAUUGAUUGAUGGAUGAUGGAUGAAUGGUUGAUAGAGUAAUGGGUGGAUGACGAAUGAAUGAUGGAUAAAUGGAUUAAUUGGUGGAUGAAGGAUAGACGAUGGACGAUGGAUGGAUGAUUGAUAGAGGGAUGGGCGGAUGAAUGAAUGAUAAAAAUAGGUUAAUUGGUGGCUAAUGGAUAGACGACGGAUGGGUGGGUGGGUGGAUGGAUGGAUGAUUGAUAGAGGAAUAGGUGGAUGAUGAAUGAAUGAUGGGAAAUUAUCAGGAUAAAUGCAUUGAUUGAUGGAUGAUGAUGAAUGAUUGAUAGAGGAAUGGAUGAUGGGAAAUUAUAAGGAUAAAUGCAUUGAUUGAUGGAUGAUGGAUGAAUGGUUGAUAGAGUAAUGGGUGGAUGAUGAAUGAAUGAU